AUGGCGAACUCUACAGGGCCAUUUCGCUUCUUCUCCUUAUCGCGUGAGCUGCGCGAUGCAGUACAAUCCCCAGAAUCAAAGCUCUGUUAUCCCAUGUGGAUGCGCGUCAAUCGCCUGUUUCUCAGCGAAGCAAUACAGCAAUUCUACCGAAACUUUCACCUUCGCGGCCACGUCCCAGAGGAUCUCCCUUUCCUGAAGAAGUUCGGACGUGGUCUCUUCGAUAAGAACAAGCAGGAAUUUUAUCAUAUCACUUUCGCCAUCACGACUGUGUACAUUUCCAAAGCUCCUAGAGUUGACCUCUCGUCCUUUAAGACAACAGGGUUUAGGCUAGACAAGUUGGUUGUUAAGGUCGUGUUUCCCACCUAUUUCAGGAAUUAUGGACUUUUCCGUGUUAUGGGAGGCUUUAGACUACUCGUUGAAGUUGAAGUGAAGAGAUUAGGGUGCGUGUUAACCCUAGUCAAUCAUCAGUUCUUUAAAGAGGCAACAAACCAAUUCUACCGAAAUCACACAUGGACGGCAGAAGUGAAUGGAGAUGUGGGCAACCCCCUGAUCACGAUCCAUUCGGAAUUGGGUCUCAAGGAUGAUUUUGACGACAUAAUAUAUGCUAUGGAACAUCAUUUCGAAAAUGCUCCUGCACUUUCAGAAGACAGGAAAGUAGAACUAGAACCCCUCCGCAUCGGCAUUGAUGAGUCGAUAUACACUGGGAUGCCUAUACUCAGCAAGUCCUAG